AUGGAAAGAUACAUUGAAAGAGGUAAGAAGCCACUAAGGGAAGCGGUCGAAUUGGAUAAAGACGAUAAGAAGAUGGAAGCCGUUCAGAAGUACGUCGAGGGAAUUGCCGUUCUUAUGGAGGCUAUGUCUUGUGACGAAGUAACGCAGCAACAGAGAGAUUCCUUGAAGAAUCAAAUAUCGAAGUACAUGAGUCGUGCCGAGUUUCUGAAAGGACAAGCCAAAAUAAAAGUGGACUCACUGGAGCAGCGUCGCAUCAAGAAAGGAACGACUGGGCAUGGAUAUGAUAAAAUAUUCUCGAAGUGCAUGGACGACUCAUUGACGGAAAUUAGCAUCGACGAUGCCUAUAUCAUAGCACAUCAUCAGAUUGUGAACUUUGUUCGAUUCUGUGAAUAUUGUUUGCUGAAUGCGCCGAAUCUGCAUAGUAUCAAAUUGAGGACACAACGUGACUCGAACAAUGAAGAAGGAUUGAAUGAGUUGCGACACAGUUUAUCAGAACAUAACAUCCGAUUGACUAUCAUUUUUGACGGAAAUAUCCAUGACAGAGAGAUAAGGUUUAAUAAUGGAUGGAUUGUGAAGAUUGGUCGUGGGUUGGAUUACUUUCAAAAUCCGGGUCGGUACGGCAUAGGUACCGGUGAUCUGAAUUUGAGACGGUGUCAUGAAACAACGGUCGAUAUAUUUCGUAUGAGGUGA